UACAUUAAUAUAAUUGUAAUAAUCAGUCUGUUUUAUCGAUGUGUUCAUUAGGUUUUGCUUGAGUGUAGUGCAGUGAACAAUUUAUAAAAGGAAGGAAUUCUUUACAAGUUCAGAUCAUAAUAGCAGAAGUAGAGAAUGAAUAAUAACGGUGAUCGAAACCGUAAUCGUGAACGUGAGGAUGAUGGGUUAUGGUGGAAGAUACCCCUUGGUAUAGGAGCCGCUGCAGCUGUUAUAGGUGGUAUAGUGGCCGCCGUUGUUUCGAGUAGUAAUGAUUCUGCACCCGACACUGGACAAUCUAUGCAAUAUCGAAGGAGGUCAAGACGACCGAGCACACCAGACUCAAGUCCCGACAGAAGUUCCAAUAUUUCUUAUAAUUUCGGAGCUCUAGAGAUCUCUGAUGAGCGCAUUAUUCCACAAGGCAUAAGGAGUGGACCAGUAAUUAAUAAUUUGGACUCAUUAUUGGCUGACAUCUAUAUGAGAUUCAUAUCGUUAAAGGAUGACGCCUUGUACUAUAGAGUCUUUCAUUCUAUAAGUUCUACUAUUCGUAGAAAUAUGGAGGAAGUUGAUCCCUAUUUCAAGCGGUACUCAAGUACUGCCCAGAUUGCGGGAAGUCAUUAUGAUAAUUUACGCAUCAGGCUACCUGAUCCAGAAGAUGAAUUUGAUAUGGAUAUCGUUAUUGAUCUCCCGCUUAAUAUGAGAAAAGAUCGCUUAAACCCUAGCAAUAGUGAUAUUGUACUGGAGCCAUCGAGUAAUGGCUAUAUUCAACUAAAAAUGGGUACUCAAUAUCAGAAUUUACCUAAUAGAGACGAGUGGCACGUUAACAAAACAGCUUAUGGAUGGAGAGACGAUGAGUUUUUUUUAAGUCGAGCGAAAUUUAGUGACUGGUUCAAAAGUAUUACAUACAAGGCUUUAAAUAAAUUGGAAAAAUAUUAUAACUACAGAAGUAUUGAGGUAGCGGGAACUAAAUACAUUAUCCGUACCUCUGAGUCAGGACCUGCUAUAACUUUGAAAAUAAGUGACCCUGUCACUGAUUUCAAAAUGUCCAUUGAUAUAGUACCUGCAUUACGAUUUCCUGAGGAGCGUUGGCCAGUUCGUAGUGAUUACCGUGACAUACCACCGGGGUGUUCGGUUGGGGACUAUGGAUGGAUGGUCGUGCCCAAGCCGGCCAGCAGUGGCGAAAGCUCCCGCUCUUGGCGUUUAGCCCUUCACAACCAGGAGAGGAAACUCUUUUACGGCACUUACAAUUUGCGGCAGACUGUGCGUUAUUUAAAAAAAUUACGGGAUGCUGAAGGAAUGAAUGAAAUAGCGAGUUAUUAUAUAAAGACAUUAUUCUUCUGGGAGGUUAUACAGCAGAAAUCGGAUGAAAGAUUUUGGAAUCAGCCUUUGUCUAAACUAUUCAUAAUAAUGGUGAAGAAGUUCCAGCAAGCAUUGGCAAACAGAAAUAUUCCAUAUUUCUGGAACAAGAACCAUAAUCUUAUCGACGGCGUUGCACCUAACGUGGUGGCAGGUUACGCUAACAAGCUGAAGAAACUUGUCGUCAUACUGGACGAUCCCACUAGGUACAAAGAGGUCGCCAAAUAUCUAUUGACUAUUGACGAAUAUAACUCCUACGAUAUAUAAUAUAAUAAUAUCUACUGUAAUAGCUAAAUAAAGUAA